CAAAACCUGGAACGAGCAGAAGUUUCUCGGACAGCGGUAGACGUUCCGUGCUUAUCGCCGUCGUUAUUGUUUAUUAUUAGUGACGGAGAAUGCAGAAUUGACAGCUCGUGACAAUUUACGGAGAAUCGUCUUCGAGGAAAGUGUCUGAAAGAGAAAUAAGUGUGUGCUAGUUCGGAAACGAGUAGAAGUUUGGAUAGAUUUAAAUCAAGAAGAUUGAGGUGAGAGGGAAAUAAAGAAUAAAGAUACCAACGUUCCAAUAAAAAAUUUAACGUGUAUACAGGGUAUACAGUAAUAUAUGAGAAAAAAUUCUCAAGUUGGACGUUUUCCUAAUACAAAAUUAUUUGAUUAUACAAGGUGAAACAAAAUCACAAUAUAUUUCGCAACUACAAUUUGCAUAGACAUAUUUACCAGGUAAAGAGUGUAAUUAAAUACCGUAUGAUCUGAAAAAAAACGUCGUGAUGCUGGCUUGGAAGUACGAUUCGAUAAUGAUGACAUUCACCAUAUAGAUUAUACAACAAAUCGAAUGAAUAAAGAAGUGUGAAAAACAACAUUUUAAUGAAUGAGUCACGUAUAUCCCUGCUGUCAAAUGUGACAGAUCAGAACCACGAUCGACAAAGAAGUAUCAACGAAACUGAAGAAUAUACCACCGAAAAUGUGACUAUUACUUUUAAUGAGAACAGACUAUGGCAGACCGAAAACGAAGCUGAAGAAAACAGAGAUGUGACAAAUGGGGUAGAUGCUAAUGAUGGUCAUGAAGGAGAAAUCAUUGAAAUCCCACUUGAACCUUCAGAAGAAAGUAACGGUCAAUCUGAUGGAAAUCUUUUCGAAAAGGAACCACGGAAAAUGAUGUUGUUUGGAUUUGCUGGGAAAAAGACUAUUGCACAAGGAAUGAUGGACAUCGCUCUGAUUACGGCCAACGCCAAUCAACUUCGCUACGUGCUGGAGUUCAGCAAAAAAAGUUUCACCUAUCGCCUGUCCAUCACCCUCAUAUCUUUAUCUCUGCUGCUUCAAGUGGCCGUCGGCCUAUUCCUCAUUUAUAAGGGCCGGUUCGACGUUAAGGGCGAAUCGAAAUCUGUCAACGCAAAAAAAGUCAACAACUACGUGUUUAUGUGCGUUUUUCUGAUCACUAUUCUUAACGUGUUUAUCGCUAGUUUUACGGUUAUGGAAAACGAUAACGGUCUGAUAAAACCAAGCACACCAUAAUACGUUUGUUUAUAUCAAUGUAAUAUAAGUACAGGGUGGACCAUAUUGGUUGUUUCUAUAGAGUA